GUAAGGGGUGAUUUUACAACUCACGGGUUGAUGACUUUCGCACCUCUACGAGUUUCGUCGUAGCAACACGAAAGCUCUUCUAUUAUUAUGGGUUCCGGAAAAGCCCAGAGUGCCAAGAAGACGAAGAAGAAGAUUCCCAAGAGUCCCAAGAAGAAAGGGAAUGGAGAUGAGACUACGAAGCCUAGUGUGGAAACUGAUAUUGCUGUGGAACUGCAAGGAAAGGAGAAGGUCCAGACUUCUUCUUCCACAUCUGAGACAUCACCCCAACAGGUUGAGGAGGUUGUAGACACUACUGCUCAGGUGGGGAUAACCUCUGCUCCAGAGACCCCCCAGGUGUCCUUCGCAUUCCAGAUUCAAUCAUUAAACCAAUUGAAGACAUUUGGGGCUUUUGUCUUGUGGGCUGCUUUACUAGGCAUUUUCCUUUGCUUAAAGGCAUUGGAAAUGAUAAAGAAGAAGGAAUUGAACAACCCAAUGAUUCCAAUUAAGACUGUUCCUAAGGAGUGGGUCCCUACUGGCAAGAGCACAGGAGAUGGAGGCUACACUGAACCAAAAGGGGGAUAUGUCCCCUCUUCCUCACAUACUGUCAAGGACUUGGAAGUACUUCACACGGUUGGUGUUGGUGUUUUGACCAAGGGACUGCUCCUCCAUUCUUGGCAUCCUCCAGUUCUAGGAUCAAAGCAGUUCUCUCUUUGCUCAAAAUUGAAGCGUCUCAAACACCCUUUGAAGUUUCUCAACAAUAACUCCUUCAGUCACAUCUUUAACAGGGCCAAGGAAGCCAAACAGGCUUACUCUGAGUGCACUAGCUACUUCCACUCUUUGGUUACCAAGAACAGAAGGAAGAAUGCUAUUCCAUUAUUGACCAAAGGGGAUGGAUCCAAAACCACUUCCUCAAAAGAAGUUGCUGACUGCUUUUUGGAGUUCUACUCAGCUCUGUUUAGGAAUGCCUCCAAUGUUGAACCCAUCAAUCCUGAUGUUUUGACCACAGGACCUUCUGUCCCUGCCUCUGCCUACUCAUCCCUACUAGCUACUGUCACAAUGGAAGAGGAGGUCAUGGUUGGUUUGGGGUUUCCUAUCAGGUUCAUCUCUCUUGUUAUGGAAUGUGUUACUACAGCUUCCUCCUCUAUUAUGGUCAAUGGUGAGGGCCAUGGCUUUUUCAAGAGUAAGAGGGGUUUGAGACAGGGUGAUCCUAUGGCACCAACUCUUUUUCUCUUUUGCAUUGAGUACUUCUCUAGAAUGCUCAUUAUUAAAGCAAAAGAGGGGGUCUUCUCCUACCACAAGGAAUGUGCUUCACUGGGUAUCACUCACUUGGCCUUCAUAGAUNGAUUUCACUCAGUGCAAAUCCUUAUGCAGUCUCUGGAUCACUUUUUUAGGGUUUCUGGACUUUCACUCAAUCCAACCAAAUCCAAUAUCUUUUUUGCAGGAAAAUUCAGAGACACUAGCCAGGAUCUGCUGGAUUUAGCUAAUUUCCCUCGUGGGCAGCUACCAGUUAGAUAUUUGGGACUUCCUUUGGCCUCCCAAAGGAUUUCUGAAGCCGACUUUGAACCCCUCUUUAAAUCUGUUGAUGGUUUCCUAUCCAAAUGUGGGACCCUCAAACUCUCUUAUGCUGGAAAAUUGGAGUUGAUCAGGGCAGUGAUUCAAGGGGUUCAAUCCUUUUGGCUGCAGGUAUUCCCAAUUCAAAAGUAUGUUCUUGAGCGUAUUACUUCCCUCUGCCGUGACUUCCUUUGGGGUAGCAAAUUUGCCAAGGUGGCUUGGGCAAACAUUUGCAAGCCUAAGGGAGAGGGAGGACUCGAUUUACGAGAUGCUAAUAUGUGGAAUAAUGCUCUUUUAUGUAAGCUGCAUUGGAACUUGGCAGCAAAAAAGGACUCUCUUUGGGUUAAAUGGGUGCAUAAUGUCUACAUUAAACAUGAUAGCGUGUGGCUUUGGCAGCCCAAGAAAAGACAUUCUGUUCUUCUCAAAAGGCUAGCCUAUGUGCGAGAGCUUUUGGUCCAAAAGCUUGGUGACCAUAACUCCUCUUUGGAAGUGGCUAUGCAGACCUUUUGUAUGGGUGAUAACUUCGUUCCAAGUAAGGUUUAUGAUUUUCCCAAUCCCAAGCCUUGGAUAGCUUUUAUCUGGCACACAACCAUACCUCCUAAAUGCUCCUUUACGAUGUGGCUGGCACUUAGGAGGAGGCUGCCCACCAAAACAAACUUAGAGUUCCUGGGGCUGCCCGUGGAAUGCGCACUUUGUGGAAUGGAAUUGGAGGACAUUGAUCACCUCUUCUUUGAUUGUUGGGCUUCAAAAAUGGAGAGGGGAUGCUAUUUUGAAGAAGGGAAGGAAACUAGCCCUUGCUUGCACAGUCUUUCACAUUUGGAAACAGCAGAACGACAUCCAUUUUAACCAUGAACCUCUUAAUGUAGAGGAGAAGAUAGAAAAUUUCUCAUUGUCAGACUAAAAAAAUUACUGCCCGCAAGACACUGUACAAGGGAUAAAUUCAAAAAACCUAAUUUAUUCAAAAAUUACAUUGCAAAUCUGGAACAAUAAAUAAAAAUGAAAUUGCCUAUUAAAUCUGGAACAUCGUGGAACAAUUGUGUUCCGAUGGCCUUAAGUCUCGAACAAUUGCCAUUUUCCUAAUUGAUUCAAAAAAUAAAAACCUGCCAAUUUGUAAACCUAAUUGAAACAUCUUUCUUGGCCAAAAUUACUUUGCAAAUCUGGCAAGAUAAAUAAAAAAUAGAAUUGCAGAAACCCUAGGCAAUAGAUACUUUGCAAAUGUGAAACAAUUGUUUUCCACGAUGGACAACAUAAUUGUCUAAUAUUUGAAAAGAAAUAAAGGUGUAGAGA